CCUGGAAACAUAAUGAUUUCCUCUGCAGAAACUAUAUUCUUAAUGCAUUAGAUGAUUCAUUGUAUGAUGUCUACGUGGUGUGCAAAACAGCCAAGGAACUUUGGGAAUCACUUGAGAAAAAAUAUAAAACCGAGGAUGGUGGUUCAAAGAAAUUUGUCGUGGGAACAUUUUUGGACUACAAAAUGGUGGAUUCCAAGUCUGUUGUCUCUCAAACUGAAGAUCUCCAGAAAAUCAUUCAUGACAUUCAUGUUGAAGGGAUGGUAAUCAAUGAGUCUUUCCAAGUGGCGUCCAUUAUAGAAAAACUGCCACCUUCUUGGAAAGAGUUCAAGAGUUAUCUCAAGCACAAACGAAAGGAGAUGACCCUUGAGGAUCUCAUUGUAAGGCUGAGAAUUGAGGAAGAUAACAGAAAGAAUGAGAAGGGCCUGGUUUCAAGUAUGGAAGCCAAGGCGAAUGUUGUUGAAGGAAGUUCAUCAAAGCAAAGGCCAAAAUUCCAGAAAACUAAGAAGAAGGAAAGCCACUUUAUCCCUGGUGCGAAAGGCAAAGACUUCAAGAAAAUCAAGGGAAGUUGCUGGGUUUAUGGAAAGCAAGGCCAUAGGGCUCAAGAAUGUCGCCAUCAAAGGGAUCAAGGUCCUGGAAAUCAAGGCAACAACAACCGCGCAAACCUGAUUCAAAACAAUGUGGAUGCCCUGGCUGCAAUGAUUUCUGAAAUCAACCUCAUAUCUGACCACGCUGAUUGGUGGAUAGAUACCGGUGCGACUCGCCAUGUUUGUGGUGACAGAAAAAUGUUUUCUUCGUACUAGAAAAUAGAGGGAAACGAGCAGCUGUUUAUGGGAAAUGCAUCCUCAUCUGUUGUGGCUGGAAUAGGGAAGUGUGUUCUGAAAUUCACUUCUGGAAAGGAAUUGACCCUUCUUGACGUACUGCAUGUCCCCAAUAUAAGGAAGAAUCUUGUUUCUGGUCCUAUCCUUAGUAAUAAAGGAUUUAAACUAGUUUUUGAGUCCAAUAAGUUUGUAUUAACGAAAGGGGGAAUGUUUGUGGGAAAGGGUUACCUUGCUGAUGGAUUAUUCAAACUCAAUGUACUUGCUAAUGCUAUGAAUGAAAUAAAUAAUGCUUCUGCUUAUAUUGUUGAUUCGUCUAAUUUAUGGCACUC